AUGUUGUCCUAUAAAAACAAAGCCCAUACGGUGGAUAAAUUCAUAGUGAUUUCAACCCUUCAUUUCUCAUUUUGGCGUAGUCCCCCAUUUUGCAAUAUACCCUUCAAGCUCCAAGAUUCUCUCCCAUGGCGUCUUCUUUAACAACACUGUCAAAUGUGGGUCUUCUUUCAUCUCCAAGAACCCCACCCAAGAACCAACCCAUUUCCACAUCCAGUAAUUCCUUGAACUUCCCUCGAACACUCUCACUUUCCCCCAAGAUUUCAUCUUCAUCGAGUUCCUUCUCUGGGUCAUUUCGUUUUCCCCGUUUUAACUCACCCCAGACCAAUAAUCACCGUGUUCGCCGCAGUGUUCGGGCCACUGCUGAGGUAGCACCUAUUCAAUCGAAAAUAACAAAUAAGGUGUUUUUCGAUAUAAGUAUCGGGAACCCAGUGGGUAAACUAGCUGGGAAAAUUGUGAUUGGAUUGUACGGUGAUGAUGUGCCUCAAACUACUGAGAAUUUCCGUGCCCUUUGCACUGGCGAAAAGGGUUUCGGGUAUAAAGGUUCGGCUUUUCAUCGUGUCAUUAAAGAUUUCAUGAUUCAAGGAGGAGAUUUUGAUAAAGGAAAUGGAACCGGAGGCAAAAGCAUAUACGGUCGUACCUUCAAAGAUGAAAACUUCAAGCUAUCUCAUGCUGGACCAGGUGUCGUUAGUAUGGCAAAUGCUGGCCCCAACACCAAUGGCAGCCAAUUUUUCAUUUGCACUGUCAAGACACCAUGGCUGGAUCAAAGGCAUGUUGUAUUUGGGCAGGUUUUGGAAGGCAUGGAUACUGUUAAGCUCAUUGAAUCACAAGAGACUGAUAGAGGAGACCGCCCUAGGAAGAAGGUGGUUAUUAGUGACUGUGGUGAGCUUCCAAUGUCUGAAACCUGAUGCUAGGUGUUCAUGUUUCAAGUUUUUCCCUGAACUUCGGAGUAGUUUUCACGAUACAAAGGCUCUAGUUUAAAUGAAUUUUGAGUUACUAGAGAAGUGUUUUUCUUCACCUCAUGUAUGGAUAUAUAUACCUAGGAAUCAAACACUCAAAAAGUGUUCUUUAGAUUUUGACUGAAAACUUGUGAUAUUGAAAAUGACUGAGCUUUCCUUUAAA